CUACAUCUUUCAUCCCGAAGACGUGCAGACGGCUGCAUACAUCAACGAGAUAAACUAUAAACCAGAGGAGGAAGAAAGAGGGAAAUUUCACGGCAAGCAGAACAGUGACAUUCUGGGCCAUCAAAACGAAGCCCAGAUUGCUGAGGCGCCAGUAGCAGCAAACCAGUGCAGGUCCCACUACUCCAAGAAUGAUCUCUGGGGUUCCAGAAUCCCUGCUCUUCCGGAGAAAGGACUUGGAAACGCCGUAGUAAAAUGUAACGUGAAUGGGAUCCAUUCCUCCACGAAUCUCAGCGCCCCUCCUCCUAGAACCCAACCUAAAGAGAUUAACCUGCACAGCUCUUCGGCUCAGCGGCCUGAUCCUCCAGGCCAAAAAGUUUUGCAGCCAAAAACAGGUGAUCAACUCGAGUUUUUCGAUCAUGAAAAUCACCCAAAGCAAACUUUGGAAAUCUCGAAUGCCCUUUGCAAGGAGGAAGGUUUCCAGGCUAUCGACGGAACCGUUUUUUCCAUCGUGUGUGCCCUACCAGAGAUCCGAGGCAAAGACUUUCGGUUGGAUAACCCAUCUUUUCUCCCCGAGGACAACCCUGCGGAGAAAUCGAGGGCUGUCACGAAGGAGAACCUCUCAAACCACCUGGUGCAAAUCAACCAAAGCACGGAAAACAUGACCGCCGGCCACAACCUGCCGUGCGGCGAGUCCGAUGAGUCCGAUGAAGGGGACGGCGUCUGGAGGAGGACGAGUCUUUUCGGCCUCUCGUUCGACGACCAAAUAGCCACCCAGAUCCUCUCUGCAAGGAACAAAGGAGAGCCGGCGUGGAAAGCCAGAUGGGACGGCCUCGUCAAGGUCAACGGAGAACUGGAAGAAGAUGCAGAAGUCGCCGAGGCCCUGGCAGCCCUGGAGGCAGCUACGGCUGGUGAAACUUUUGAAGAGGAGGAGGAAGACUAUUAG